CUAGGCAUGUCCACUGAGCAGUCGCAGCAGGUUAGGCGAUGCGUCAAAACUCUGAAGAUCCGGCGUGACCGCUCCGGAUGCCGCUCGUGCCGGAAAAGAGGGAAAAAGUGUGAUGAGGCUAAGCCUAUCUGCCAAGCUUGCGUACGGCUUGGACUAGAGUGUAGAUACGGCGUUGACUUUGCAUUCCGGAAUUACGGCAGAGAUGCGUUUAUCCAAGGCGACCCUACUAGCCAACCCGACAGGGCGGCAUUGCGCCGUGGACUCUGUGCCAGUUCAAUUUGCUCCUCGAUAGAGUCUGGAGAGAUAAUCAAAUCGUGGUAUCUGGACCACUUCAUCUCACAUGUCCGCCAUUUACUCCCAGCCUCCCCAUCCCAUUUCACCCACCUGCAAAGAACCCUUCAAUCACCGCAGCUGAGGUCCGCUGCCCUCUGCAUCUCAGCAUCAAAUCUCUCCAUCCUCAGCACCCAGGUCCAGAGACGAUGUAUUCCAAGCGAUUCUCGAAGAUCUGUAUCCAGCCCGCUCGUCAACCAGCUCCAUCACGCCCAAGCAAGGAAAUAUCAUGAGCAGACGCUGUCCUACUGCCGCAAAGUAACAGCGCCCAAUAUGGAGUCGGAGGCACCCACCAUUCUUACUGCGCUUACUGUCCUCGCAUAUUAUCACCAUGCAUCUACAGACCACCGCCGCUUCCGUCUCGCAGUAUGGGACACAGUCCGCUUUGUCUCAAACCACCGCGAAGCGCUCACGCGCUCGGCGGACGGUAACCAGGCAUUACAGAUGUGGUACCGUCUUUGUGUAUCUCAUAGGUUGGGUAAACCACCUGCUAUGCUGCUUGAAGGCGAGGGAAGAAGUGUCUACGGACCCAACCUCUAUCCCGGCUCAUUCGAGGAGCUGUAUCUCCAUUGUAUUGUGGGUCUGAACUUGGACGACCUUAUUUAUGAUAUCCUGAUCAAGACGAUCGAGAUCCGCUCUAGGAUUAUGGCGUUUCGCUGUGUAGCAGGCCGGUAUGGUCUGUCAGACGAGGCCAGGGAAAUUGGCGAAGUCGCCCAUGGGCUUCUCGCUCGUUACCUCGGUAGGGAGGACAACGUAGUGGAAUUGGCAGAGACGCACAGCGGUUACAUGCGCGGUGCUCAUCUACGAGGACUUUUCCAUAUCCAGCGGGAGAGGCUUGCAGUGUGGACAUCGCAUCUCAGCGUGUCGAAGGACCGAUCGCCAGGCCCAGACAGCCCGAUCCCAGCACGCAUCCGCACGCACCGCGACGCAAUGAACGCUCUCUACUCGCUUCUCUGCGAGGUAAUGUUCGAUGAGGCCGAGGCUGAAACGAUCGGCGACAUACCCACCUUAUCUUCCCACUCCUAUGCGCAAAAAUUCAUCCACAUUCUCUCAACCCUAGACUUGGCCGCAUCCAUCACAUCCGACAUCUACACAUUCAGCCUCACCGAGGUCCUGUUGCAGCUUGUUCAAUGCUGCAGAUCACCUGCCCUGUUCACCUACAUUCUUGAUACGUUCUGGCCUCUCCUUGAAACCAACGGACGUGGUUACGAACACUCGCACUACCCGACGCAUCUUGUGAAGCGGAUUAUCAGCUUGAUUGCGGCUUACUGGGAACAGAGGAGGGAGAUAAAGCUGGUGCUACCUGCUGUAAGUGAGAAUGUGCCCAAAAUGAGGUUGUUGGAUAUCUAUAGUGAGGUCAGCGUGGUGGUUUGUGGGUGGGAUGGUCAAGGGGAAAGGGAGGGCAAGGGUGAAAGUUGCUUUCUCGAGAGGGUGAGACUGCCUUAG